AUGUCAAUGAUAAGCCCAAAUGCCGACCUCUUCCAGCGUAGCUUUAGAAGCUCCUUUGCCGAAUCGCUGAGAGCUUGCGGCGCUGCCGGGGAUCUAGACCGCGCGCGGCGCCUCCACGCCGGGAUCCUGUCCCUCUCGAGCAGUGCCGAUCGCCCAGCAAGCGUCUAUCUCUUGAAUCUGGUCGUGGAGAUGUAUGGCCAGUGUGGCAGCGUGCGCGAUGCCAAGGCCGCGUUUGAUUCGAUCCGGGAGAAGAACCAGUAUAGCUGGAACAUCCUCAUCGCGGCUUUCGCAGCGAAUGGAGAGAUCGAUGAGGCGCUCGCGGCGUUUGAGAGGGCGCCGAGCGUGAAUCUGGUGACCAAGAACAGCAUCCUGGGUGCAUUUGCCCGGAGUGGGGAUCUGGAGAGAGCGAGGAGAUUCUUCCGGGAGGUGAUGCCCUUCCACGACAUCGUCUCGUGGACCGCGAUGAUCACAGCCUGUGGCAGCGCUAUUGCCGAGGCUCGAGAGAUCUUCGAGAGGAUGGAUCUCAUCUCCUGGACGGCGAUGGUCCAGUGCUGCUGCCUCGGCGGAGAUCUUCCAUCGGCGAGGAGAUACUUCCACCAGAUGCCUCGCCACGACGCCAUCGUCUGGAAUGUGAUGAUCGAAGGCCACGCCCAGCGCGGCGAGCUGGAAGAGGCCAAGGAUCUUCUCGACGCGAUGCCACACCCCAAUGUCAUCUCUUGGACGAGCCUGGUCACGGCCUACGCUAGGAGCGGCGAUCUGGAUGGAGCCAGGAUGAUCUUCGAGAGAAUCCCCCGGCACGACCACGACGAGCUCUCCUGGAACGCGAUGAUCGCUGCGUAUGCGCAGAGUGGCAACGUUGCCGAGGCGGAGGAGCUGAUCCAAUCCAUGCCACAGCCGAUCGAUGCCGAGAAUUUGGAGGAGCUAGAGGAGAGAAUGCGCCAUCUGGAUCAAGAUGAUCGGCCUGGGCACGAAGAUCUUGAAGAGCCUGGGGUUUCUGCCGGGAGAAUCAAGGCCGCCGCGCCCUGGAACAAGAUGAUCGCGGCGCUGGUGAAGAAGAAUCACCUGGAAGAGGCGCGCUGGGUCUUCGAUCGAAUGCUAGAGCCGGACAUCGCCUCGUGGACGCUCCUCCUCUCGGCCUACUUCCAGCGCGGCCAUCUCCAAGAAGCCCAGAGCAUAUUCGACGCCAUGCCGGCGAGAGAUGCCCGGGCAUGGACGGUCCUCCUGCGGGGAUAUGCCCAGCUCGGGCAUGUCCAUCACACGUGGAGGCUCUUCGCCACGUGUCCAAGCCUGGACGCUGUCACGUGGAACGUGGCCAUUGGCGCGCUCGCCUCGAGCGGCUUGCUCGUGGAGGCGGUGGAGCUCUUCUAUGGGAUGCUCUGCGUGGGAGAAAACCCAAGCGAGGCCACAUAUGCGGCAGCGAUCAGCGCUUGCGUCCACUUGGGAUUGGUGGAGGAAUCCCAGCGACAAUUCCGAAGCAUGGUGUUGGAUCUGGGUCGCGCGCCCAAUGUGAAGCUCUACUCGUCCAUGGCCGAUUUGCUUGGGCGGGCUGGGGAGGUGGCGGCGUCCAAGGAGCUCGUGGAGAGUAUGCCAUUUGCGAGUGAUGCGGUCGUGGAGGGAGCGAUGCUGGGAGCUUGCAAGAUCCAUGGCGAUCACUACGGUUAG